AGCAGAGACGUAUAACGGUGCACUGAAACAUUUAUGGCGCUGCCCUGUCCUCCGCUGUCUGCCGCUUCUGCCCGCGCCGCAUCCCCGCCUCCUGCGCGCCGCCACUUUGGUUAAAUGUCCUGGGGAAAGCCGUGCGUCCGCCUGCGUUUCGGAACCAAAUAAAACCACCGCUUCACUGUUGUCCGCUAAGGAGUGAAUAAUGGCCUGGAUAUGGAAGAGGAAGUCCCUGAUCGCCACCAGCCUGAUCGUGGUGGUGUCCCUCUUCGUGGUGGUGGUGAAUCUGUCGGAGAAGCCUUACUUCCUGCUCCAGCCCGUGUUCGGACAGGGUUUUGGGGGACACUGGAUGUUCAAACAGCCCUACAGAGCCUACAAGCCCCACCAAGGCUACCUGAGCAUCCCCAAACAAGAGCCUCUGAAGCUCCACUGUGAGCUCUGCAGCGUGGUCUCCAGCUCGGGCCAAAUGCUGGGUCAGGGUCUGGGCGCUCAGAUCGACCGCUCGCCCUGCAUCUGGAGGAUGAACAGCGCCCCCACCCACGGAUUCGAGAACGACGUGGGGCACAGGACCACGUUACGAGUCGUGUCCCAUACCAGCGUGCCCCUGAUCCUGCAGAAGCCUCAGUACUUCUUCGGACAGUCCAACGACACGGUGUACGUGGUGUGGGGCCCGCUCCGGAACAUGAGGAAGGACGGGAACGGGAUCGUGUAUAACAUGCUGAAGCGCGCGGCGGAGAAUUAUCCACACGCACAGAUCUACGUGACCACUGAAGACAGGAUGAACUACUGCGAUAUGGUCUUCAAGAAGGAGACCGGGAAAGACAGGAUCCAGUCGGGCUCGUACCUGAGCACGGGCUGGUUCACUCUGAUCCUGGCCAUGGACAUGUGCAAAGAGAUCCACGUGUACGGCAUGAUCAACCACACCUACUGCAAGUCUGACGGCUACAGGAAGGUCCCUUACCACUACUACGAGGCGGGCAGUCGAGACGAGUGCGCCGAGUACGCGCUGCACGAGAGCGCCCCCUACGGAGGACACCGCUUCAUCACGGAAAAGUCUGUGUUCGCCAAAUGGGCCAAAACUCACUCCAUCAAAUUCUUCAACCCGCCGUGGCAGCUGUCGUGACCAACGUCCAAGCGAGUCUUGCCGACGUUCAACGCGUUAAAUCUGCAACGUGAGACUGAGAGAAGAUAAUAUUGAUGCUUUGCGGCGACAUCACACUGGGGGUGUUCUGCAUGUAUGUCUAUAGUGGAAUGUUCAGCAGUUACCGUGGUAAUACACCGCGCACAUUCGCAAACACAGCCUGACGUUUUUUUAGAUUGACAACUCAAGAAAAAAAUUCAUUUAAACAACACAUUUCCAAGAGUCUGUGAUCAAUUCCAGAGUUCAAGAUCCCGUUUAGGAGUUUGAUUUUCAGCAAAAAGACGAGAGAGACUAACUAAAAAAACUAACUGAAAGACUAAUUUUAUUUGUAAGAGACUUGUUUAAGCAGACAAAUCAACUCACCGGUUAUAAUUCCAACUAAAUCAGCUCUUUCUGGUCAGAUUGUGUUAACUAAAACAAAGAUCAGAUUAAAGACUAACGUGAUUAUCAGAGCUUCAGACAGAGCAGAGCCUCCACUUAGCUUCACACCCCCGGGGAAUGUUGAUACCAUCCGCUGCAAAGUAUCAGCGUGGAUUAACCAGAUCUUUUAGCCCCGCGUGCGUCUCCAGAGCGCAGCGGUCUCUCUGCACUGGACCGGACCUGACGGAUGCGGCGAAGAUCAAACCUUAAGGAGAAUGAAAGGAGCUGACUGCGGAUAUACAUGUUUGAGGACGUUAUCUCUUAUCAUAAACUGAACUUUUCAAACUUUGAGUCGUGCCAAGUGACUCAUUUGAAUGAAAAAAAAGAAAAUCGCAUUAAGUAGCUUCGACUUCAGCGCGCCAAGUUUUCUGAGGCUUGCAUUGACACUAUUUUGGCAUCUGACAAAGUGUAAGAUCUGCACUUUUCGCUCCCGACUUUUUUAGCUCAUUCCAUUGUUCACAUUGUAUAUUCAUGUUGUUGUGUUUCUAGUUAAAGCUGGUGUAACUUCGCAUCUCUCUGUUUUAUCAUUUCACAAAGUGCAAAGUGUACGUCUAUACCAGAAAAUCCUGCUUUUUUUUUUUUAAGUUUAACAAAUUGUUCACAAAAUCUGACAUUUGUGUUCACAGUAAAAGC